AUGGCAUCCCCGCCUCCCAGCGAGGUCGUCAGACCGAUUGAAACGUUCCUUCAACCUACCGAAUCCGACGCCAAUGAUCCAACCAUUCCUCACUCGGCGACUUCUUCUGCAAGCCACAUCCAUCAGGAUAGCGGCACAGUCAAGAAGCUCUCCGCAAUCCAAGCAAUCCGCAAAUGGCCCUGGAUAUCAGCCUGGCAACUCGCCCUUUCGUCAGGCAUUAUCCUCACCGGCUUUGACCUCAGCAUCGUUUCCAACGUGGCAUCCCUGCCCGCCUUCCAAGUUCAGUUCGGCACGCUCUACGGUGACAAAUACAUCCUUCCAGCCCUUUGGCUCGGCUUUUGGAACGCCUCAAUUCCGAUCGGCGCCAUCGUUGGUGCCCUCGCCGCAGGCCUGCUUCAAGAUGUCGUGGGACGUCGAGCCGCCGUGGCUGCCGCUAGUCUCCUCUCGGCCGCCUGCGUCGCUGCGGCUUUCUUUUCUGACAAGGCGGGCGUGAUCGAUGCACAGCGAGGCGUGUUUCUCGUAGCCAAGACAGUCCAAGGUUUCGCCGCCGGCAUGAUGCUCUGCACCGUCGAGACGUGGCAAUCCGAGGUUCUCCCGCCGGCGCUCCGCGGGCCUGGCAUCGCACUUUACCCCAUCUUUACGCUACUCGGACAGCUUGUCGGCGCCGUCGUCGUCCAGUCCGUCCUCGAGGUCAAGUACAUGGUCAACUACCGGCUCGCCUUAGCAACACAGUGGCCCUUUACCGCCAUACCACUCGUUGUCGCCCUUCUGAUGCCGGAGAGCCCGCCUUGGCUUGUGCGGAUGGGCCGUUUGGAUGCUGCGCGCAAAAGUCUGACACGACUGGGGUCUACAAGGGACGAUGGCAGCAUUGAUGCUGAGCUGGAAGGCUUGAAGCGCAUCAUCGAGCUUGAGCGCGAACAAAGCGACAACAGAAAGGUGGGAUACAUCGAGUGCUUCAAAGGGACAGACAACCGCCGCUCGUGGAUCAUUCUAUUUGCGCGGGUCAUCCCAACAUUCUUCGGCCUUCCACUCUUCUCCACUGCCAGCUACUUCCUCCAAGUCCUCAACGUCCCGCCACGCCUCAGCCUGCUCUUCACGCUCAUCGGCGUCGUCAUAGGGCUGUUCGCAAACUUUGCCAGCUUCUGGACGCUCACCACGUUCGGCCGCCGACCACUCAUCACCGCCACCAUGGCCUUUGCGGCGGUCAUGUGGGCCUCGAUCGGCAUCGCCGGUUGCUACCCAUCGACGCUUCCGGCCGUGCAAUGGUACGUCAUCGUGGCCAUGAUAAUCACCAUCUCGGUGGUCGGCGUGGCGGCCUGGCCCGCCUCGCACGUCGUGGCCGUCGAGGCGUCGUCGCUCCGCCUCCGUGCACGCAGCCAGGGCAUUGCCGGCGUCGCGGCGAACCUCGUCAUGGGCGUCAUCAGCAUCGUCCUCCCUUACAUCUACAACCAGGACCAGGGCAACGGCGGCGCGCGCGUCGGGUUCCUCUUUGCGUUCCUCUGUCUGGUUGGCACUGUGCUGUCGUGGUUAUUCAUCCCCGAGAUGAAGGACCGCACCGUUGAGGCCGUGGAUGCCAUGUUUGAGCUGCAGCUGCCAGCGCGGGCGUUUGCGACGUGGCGCCGCGACGGAGACGAGGAGCGCGAUGAUCGGGAGAAGACCCCUGGCGCUGAGGAGCGCGAAGCUCAGGAGACGGCCGGGAAAAUGUGA